CCGGCGUCGAGCGUCCGUCAGUGCGUGUGUGACAUGGCUGCGAGGCGCUACGGCGACCUAGACGCCCUCCACCUCGCGAUGUGAGCACACCCGCAAAACGUCCUCGAACGAUCGCUCAACGAUCCCACGAUUUUUUUUUUUUUUUUCUUUUUUUACACGUUUCCUUGCCUCAUCGAGCAUAUAUAUAUAUAUAUGUAUAUAUAUAUGUUUACUUAUAUAUGUAUAUAUAUAUAUAUAUAUACAUCGUGAUCGAAAGCAAGUGCGACGACCUUCGCGAGGAAUAAUCGAAGGAAGAGCUCUCGCGUACAAGGAACUUGGAAAAUUUCGACGGAUGUUUGGGAAUAAAAUCGACGGGAAAUCGAAGAAGGGGGCUCGAUACGUUUGCGCGAUUGUUGAAUUCGUGAAUUCUGUUUACGAAGGUUCGAGGAUUGUCUGGGGGUUGAGAGUGAGAAGAGAGUUUCAAGUGACGAAAGUGUUGCAACAUUUUCCAAGACCGUAAGUCGAGUCGAUAUUCUGUCUGUCCCCGUUGGUUGAGAGGUAAAGUGGCGUGCAAUUCGAAUAAUUUCGAUGGUGAAUUGGAACGAGAUGUCGGGGACGGGAAGAAGGAAUAUUUCAGGCGAAGCGGAGGAUAACGAGUGAUCGGAUCGCGGAGAAAUAAGAGGAAGGAUCCUCGAUCUGCGUCUCGCGGAAACGAAAGCGAACGUACCAUUCCCGCAGCGAGACGAUGUUGCAUUCCCUUGUAAAGAAGAAGUCGUCGAGGGCGUUCAUCCCCGGCGUUGUACAUAAAUGCUCACGCAACGUGGACCACAAGUACACUCCUGUCCGAUAGACCUUCGUAGAGUUAAGAACUGUAUAGAAUGUUUAAUUAGAUUACGAUUUUUAAACCGAGGCUUCCAAGAGUACGAUAUAUAUAAACAUAUAUAUAUAAAAAAGUGUGAAUUGGUGAAUUUUGAAGAGACGAGAAACUGUUCAUCUGUUACUCUGUGUUCGAUGUUUCUAACGACGAAAAAGUGCGAAUCGAUGACUUUCGAACGUUCAUUCAUUACUCGCGAAAUAAUAAUCGGUUAAUGCCCAUCAGAGAGGAUUAAAAAUAUUUCGUUUCGUUUAUUGCUAUUUGUCAAGACGGAACAGUGGGAACGAGUAUGAGUUUUGGAAAGAAGUAUCACGAGAUAUAAAUUCAUUCAUCCAUUUACUUCUUCUUCUUCUUACGACGAAACAAAAGUGCGAAACUCAUUCGUAUUUAAAGAAAUAACGAUUCCAUCGAUCUUGCUCAUCUGAAAUCUGCGCACGUAUUCUCACUAUCAUCCACGACAACAUCUCUCCACGAACGGAACCACGCAUCUGCGACGGCGACAAACAUGUCACUGGCCGUAUCCGUAAAUAUUAGCAAGUUGUUUGCAAGAUGAUCGACGUUAUCCAAAAUUUUCGCUGGUCACCAAGUCGGGCCAAUGAUCGAAGUGACCGGGGCGUGUAAUCCGCUGGAGGCGCUUGUCAAGAUCGUUUCGGUUGUCGUGGCUUGACAACCGCCUGGACAAGUUAUGCCGGGCCAAAAGUGACGGGAGCAAAAGUUUGGAGAGAGGCCGAUGCGUUUGUCGACGAAACGGUGGCUUCCACUUCGCUCCAGUGAACGAGAGGAAGACAACGACGAAGAAGAAGAGGAAGAAGAAGAAGAAGAAGAAGAAGAAGAAGAAGAAGAAGAGGAGGAGGAGGAGGAGGAAGUAUAAAAAUCAGAAGGAGAAGAAGAAAGGGGGGGGUGGGCGUGCUUCGAGAGGAGCUCGUCGUCCGACCUGAUCUCUCGUCGUUUGCACGCGUGCAGCUCCCUGUGGUGUGCACGUGCGUGGCUGCGUGCGUGUGUAUAGUGCAGGAACCGACGAUGGAAUAUCGGUGAGGUCACGAGGUCACCGCAGAAUGCCUGAGCCGAGGGCGAAGCGCUGUAAACACUGUGACGAGUCUGGCCACAGGUUGGACAGCGGCUCCCCGUUCUGGAGGAUUCAGCUCGAUCAGGAUCUUCUGGACACCAUCAGCGCGAUAUAUCCGGAGUGGUUUAAGGACUAUACCAACACCCGAGCCUCGACUUCCUCCUCGUCGAGUACUUCCGGUGAACUACAGUUGAACACCGAGGGCAUCGUGGCGGCCGACACCAGCGCCGUUCUCGAGCACAAGGCCGUCAAAGGUGAUACCAAGUCCAAGUCCAAGGCGAAGAAGGUGGACUGCUUAAAGGAGAAGGAAAGGGACAGGAAGGAGGGCAGGCGAGAAUCCAAAGACGAGAGGGACGCUGGAAACGGUAAGAAAGGGACGAAGCCCUCGCCGCAGCAGGAUAAAGCGGCGGACGUGGCAGGAAGGAAGGCUGCGGGUGUUCCAGGAUCGGGCGCGGAGAUGGCCGAGGGUAAUCAGUCGCCGCCGAAGGCGGAGGUCGACGACUCGUCCCUUCAACACGCCAUGGAUCGCAACAAGGAAUCGCUGAAGGUGAAGCUUACGCUGAGGCGACCCAUCAAUCAGCUGGUUGCGCAAGGGAUCAUGCCAUCAUUGAAGACGCCACCGGCGUUCCACGAGCAGAGGAAGCAACUGGAACGGGCGAAGACCGGUGAUCUUUUGAAGGCGAAGAUCCAGCAGAGACCGGGCAGGGAGGAGCUGGUCAGGCAGCAUAUCCUCGAGGAUGUGGGUCACGUGGACCCAAGCCUGGCCGAGAGGCAACGGAUGCUGAAGAAGGCCAGGCUGGCCGACCAGCUGAACGACCAGCUCAGUCAUCGACCCGGACCGCUCGAGCUCAUCCAAAAGAAUAUUCUCCACACGGAGGAGCCUAUUGAAAGGGCGGUCAAAGAGGGUCACAUUCCCUUCAAGGCCACUUGCGAGGGCCAAGUAACGAAGCCCCAACACCCGGACCACUACAUCACCUUCGAGGACGACUCCCAGAGCUCGGAGGGGGCGCCCUCGCCCCAGCUGGAGUCCCGGUCGGACGUUCUGGAAACGGCGGCUGCCUCGGCUGGGAUAGUGACCGUCUCCCUCAGUAUUCCGACGACAGGCGGUGCCGUCGUCGUCUCGUCCACGUCGCCAGUGUUCCAACAAGCGUCCAACGAGUCGACGAUACAAACCUUCGCCGAGCUGUGCAACACCGUGGUCGGCUCGCAGCAGCAGCAGCAGCAACAGCAACAACAGCAGCAACAGCAGCAACAGCAGCAGCAAUCGCAUCAACAGGCCCAGCAUAAUCAGCAACAACAUGCUUCCACGCAGGCGAGUCAGACAAACGGUCCGUCGACGACCCUCCUUCCACUGGCGCCGGCGCCGAGUCCGAUGUCCUUGGGCUCGACCACGUCCAGCCUGAGCCCCCUUUCCAAUAUCUCGAUAGCGUCGCCACCGGCACCACCGCCGGCCGCCAUCACCCCCAGGCCUCAGGCGAGCCCCAUUGCGGCCGCGUCCACGUGUCAGAGGAGCGACGCGCCCGGCAAGGAUAAGAACAGGAAGAAGUCCAAGACCAAGAGUCAACCGAAGACGCGCACCAUCAAGUUUCACGAGUACAAAGGGCCGCCAAACGCGCAGAAAACCUCGGUUUCGUCCACGAGUUCCGGCCUCGGCUCGGCACCACCCGGCGAGACCAGCUACGAGCUUCUUCUUCAGCAGCAGCAGCUAUUCCUCCAAUGGCAGCUCGAAUGGCAGCAUAAGUAUCCUCAGAUCAUUCUACCGGCAGCGCAAAAGCCAUUGUCGUUGAACAGCAGCGGGGCAAGCGACGCCGGUAGCAUCAGCGGAAGCAGCUUGAACGCACCGAGCCCCGCGCCCUCCAAUUCUUCCAACAAUCCCUCGGAACAACCACCUUUGAGGCCUUUGGGCAAGUUGGAGGACAUGAAAGUAAGCGAUCUCAAAGUGGAGUUGAAACGUCGAAACUUGCCUGUAUCUGGCUCGAAGCCGCAGCUGAUCGAGAGAUUGAAACCGUUCACGGAAUCGUCUAGCGUCAACUCGACGUCCAACUCGAACGGGCCCCACGUGACGCAUAUGGGCCAUAUAUUGAUGGACACGCCGGGGCCAAUGACGUCCGACGAGUCCAGCUCGCAUGCCAAGAGCCCCGGCUCCGCGGUCAAGGACGAGCCGAACAGUCCACGGACCGAUUCGCCGCACGGCAGCGAGCACGACGAUCCAUCCAGCCCUCCAGUCCGUGUUUCAGGAGACGACAUAAUCAAGGAGCAAAGGAAACGGAUAGAAGAGUUGCAACGUGAAUUGUACAAAUCUCAACAGCAACUUCAGCAGAUCCGUCAGACCCAACCGUCCACGGUUCACGCUGAGAAGCUGGUGCUGCAGCAACAUAUACAGAACAAGAUGCAGCAGCAGCAGCUGGCGCUACAUUUGCAACAGUUGCAGCACUUGCAGCAGCAGCAGCAGCAGCAACAGCAGCAGCAGCAACAACAACAGCAGCAGCAGCAAAGUCAACAACAACAGCAGACGCAGCAACAGCAACACGCUACGUUCCAACAGUUGAACGCGAAAGCUAGCCUCGCCGCGUUCCUGCAGGCACAGCCAAAUAAUACUACUGCCAUUCUAGACUCUUCCACUUUGACCGCGAUUAACAACAAGAAGAACCAGACGAAGAACAGCGCGACGGUUCAAAUACCUGCCGCGAUAGUUUUCAAUCUACCCAAACCUACGAAAUUGAAUGGGACAUUGCUGAGCGCGUUGGUGGCACAAGCCCAACAACAGCAGCAACAAACUGUUAACGCAGAGGAUGGAAAACCGCCACCACCUCAGUACGACGAAGCCGCCAAGCUGUUAAAGGUGAAAAUUGAACCGGUUCAAAAAAGUCAUAUCAAGAGUCAAGUGGUGGACGACGUGCUGGAGAUCUUGAUCAAGAAUGGCGAAUUACCACCGAGCGCCGCACAGGACCCGGCCACGCCGACUACGCCCAACAGACAGCUACAGCAAAACUUGGUGUUCACGGCGCCAGCCGAUAGUCAGAGUCACUCGUUGGUAUUCGCCGCUGCUAGUCCGAUCAGUCCGAUCAGCCCCAUCGCGAUGGAGGUUUCCCAGAGCGAUUGCGUGAGUUCACCGGCGCCGGCGCCACCGCCACCGCCUCCUUUGCCUCUGGCAACUUUCUCUAUACAGCUGCCAACCGCGUUACAACAGUUGCAGCAGCAAGAGGAGAUCUCCUCGUUCAACACAGACCUGUUAAACACGGAGGGCGAGCUGGACGCCGCGAUGCUACUCAGCCCGCAGUCGAAUCAGCAAGCCUCGCCCGACCCUCAACCUCCUCAAGAAGUAACGUCGUCGGAUAACGCGAAUUUAGACCUUAAGGAACUCGAGCUAGACCUCGAGACCUUGGACACGAUGGAUUUCAGUCAAUUGGAUUGCGACUUAGGCGUGAAGAUGGAAGCGCCUCAAGAGUUGAUGGACAUAGGCGACAUGCCCAUGGACAUGGAUGAUCCGGAUUGGCUCGAUUCAUUGAUGCCCCAAUCUCCCCCAACUUCUUCCACGACAGUGGCGAAUCAUCAACCGGCGCCACCGACCAGUUUGUCGAGCGGCACGGACAUUUACGACCCGCUCCUAGCCGGUAGCCAAGAUCCGUUUGAUCUCUUCAACAUGGAGGACUCGGACUUCAAGAUGUCCUCCGAUCUUUUAACCUGGGACAAAGUCGACUUCGCGACCUAGCCCGAGAUUUUUCCUCGGAGCUCGGCCUUGUGUACUUAAAUCAACGGGAAACGAAAAAAAGAAAAAAAAAAAAGAUCCAGCGAAGCGCAAAGACCAGAUCCAACGGCAAUGCCAAGUGCUAUGUAUUGUGAUUAAGUCUGUGACUGUUUCUCUUGGUGCAUUUUUACGAACCGUUUUGCAGUUGCUUGCCUCUGACUGAUGAUAUUCUUCUCUCCAGCGACCCCGGCGCUGUGCAACUUCCCGUGAAAAGAAUUGUACUUACACAGUAAAAAAACUUACGCUAUAUAACUUGUUUUAUCGAGCGGAGAACUUUCUUACGAGAGAAAAAAGAAAAAAAAAAAAAAGAAAUUAGGGAUAACUAGCUAUGUAAUAAUUUUCGAUCGAACUUCGAAAUUCUAGGUGAGUAAUUUAUAAGCGUGGAAAAAAAAAAAGGUGCAUAAAAUUGCGAGAGGAUCGUAGCGUGAAAGCACAAGGGUGAGAACAAGACCACGAAGCAAUCGUUUCUAAGGGAUUUUAUGAUAGAAGAUAAUUGUCAGUAGGGAAUGCGCGUAUAUUUUGGUCUUCCUCGGUCAGUAUGAGUACCAAUGCACGGAAUAUUCGUUCUUUCGUUUCGUAGAAUCGAUCGAGCAUUCGAAUCGUGUGGAUCAUUUUCUGUAAUCGUUGUUGCUACUCGAGAUCGAUAUAACGAUCAAAAAAAAAAAAAACGGUUUCACUGGAAAACGAUAUCGCGUAUCUCGAUCGAUCGUUCGUUCGAAAGAAACGAAGGUAAAGAUAUGCGAGGACGAGCCACUAAACGAAAUAGCGGAUUACGUCCCGCAAAGUGGAAGUAAGACAACAACGACGAUAUCUUCAAAAUUCUCCAAAGAAUUUCCUUACGAGCGUUUUUAGCUAGUUUUUACUAUCCAGUCUACAGUCGUGUGUUGCUUGAGUUUUAAUAACUGCGAAUAGCGUGUGUGUUAAACAGGAAAACGGGAAAGCUGCGUAUAUGUUUUUCUCGUAUGCUUCCCUCAUCCAAAUCUCAUUUCUGUCAACCCCAUUUCUCCAAAACGAAACCGUAUUCAAUUAUAAUGUUAUAAUUGGGAUAAUUAUUUUACGGAAAAAAAAUAUAUAUAUAUAUACAUAACGGUUAUAUACAUAUGAACAUAUGUAUGUAUAUAUAUAUACACGUAUACAUAUGCAUAUAUAUAAAAUACAAUGCUGUAUGCCGAGUUCGAAAGUAAACAUGCGUUGGAAGAAGUAAAAAGGAGAAAAAAAUAAUUAAAAAAAAAGAAAGAAAAGGAAGAAGAAAGUUCGACGGCUUUCCCGCACAGCUAUACAUAAUUUUUCUAAGGCAGAGCAUGUGAUGUUAGUGGUUACACAUACAUAUUUUAAUCAAUAAUCGCAUAAAAAUUUUCAGAAUGGGUGCGGACAAAAGUAUACCGAUGUCAGGGUAUUGUGCGGUUCUCCUGUUUUUUUCGUUUCCCUUUACGAAUCUUUUUUGUUGUUUUUGUGACAUUCCAUGUUUUCAAACGAGCAAGAGAUCGAAGCUACGCGUACCACGAGCCGCGCUUUUGUCCAUAUAUUUGAGCAAAAGUUAAGAAGAAUUCGUCUCAGAAUUUUAAUUGAUCGAACACCGAAGUUUCUAACCUAACUUUGUAUUUCGCGUUAUGUCCAAUUCGGAACAAUAUAUGUUUAUAAUGAUUGAAUCAUAUCAUAUAAUGCAAUAUUAUAUAACAAUAAACAAACUUUCUAUUAUGUUUCGUGUUAUUAUACUAUAAAUGAACAUAAAAUAGAAAGCAUAAAGUCCUGCAUUUUUCUGAGGCAUUCUUUGCAGAACCAAGUGGCUUCGUACGCCGACGUAACGAUAAAGGAUCGCACUGCCUAAGUCGGUAAUAAAGAGCGAAUGUAAUGAAUGCAAUGUUACCUAGCGUGAUUAAUGUAUGUGAAAAUGUGUAUGUGAGUGCAUCGAAACGAUUUUAGCGUAUGUGAUCAGCGAUGGUGCUAAUUGAAACCCCAUUUAGAGCUAUCAAAUUUUCCUCAAAAUGUCACAAUUGAAUCACAAAGCAAUCUUUUACAUUAUAGUCCAACAAAAUUAUCUUAAUUUAUAUUAUUUCUAUUAAAGCAAGUAUGUCAAUUUAAUUGUUUGCUGGACAAAUGAGUGAAUUCAAAUUUACGGUGCAAAGACUGCUUUAUCGAUUCAAAUGAUCCCCUAUUUUCACAAUCAAAAGUGGCAGUUUGGCAGAGCAAAGUACAUACCAUCAUUGUUCACUCCAUAUCGCACAAAGAAGCAGCAAAAAUAUGCAACAUUCCAAACGUUCACAUGCAAUAGAGAAACAUCACAUGAGGCCCCGAGACACCAUGCUCCUCGAAGAGAACCGCCAAGCGAUCACUCGUAAUUUUUAUUUUGCGAUAUUUCGCAAAAUAAUUCUCAUUUUUCAACGAAAAUCACUUUCCGAAAACAAUCUGUUAAAUAGUUAUUUAAGAAAUUCACUCUUCAACGUAAUCACAAGUAAAAAUGAGCUAAUAAAACAAGAAAUAUAUUGGGCACGAAACUCGAGCGUAACACUUCACACGCGCCAUAAUUGAACUACUGACUUACAGUGCCCUCUCGCGUAUCUUUACGCGGUCAAUUCAAAAUCGAUGCAUUUAAAUCGAAUCUCGUACCAUUUAUUUUGUUUGUUCGAUUAAAUUAUUAUUGUUAGAAAUAACUUUGUGAUUACGCUAUUAAUUUUGCAUUUAAGUUCAAAUCGUGCAAAUAGAAAAAUAUAUGCACGGAAAUUAAGGAGAGAACAUGGUGAAUAAUCGGGGUAAAAAAUCGUGCCAAAAAUCCCCUUGCCACCGCGUAUCGCUUCGUCAUUAUAAUUAUAUCACCCGUUGCCAUGACAAUAAAAGUUUGUAUCGUGUUGUAAAAUAUUGUAUCAUACGUAAAAUUAGAGUCGUUAAAUGCUGUCGAUAUGUCGUCCAUGAAAUGAGCUUGCUUGUAUGAAUUUAUUUAGGAUAAAGCAACUGUGAAACUCAGUUGCGUAUAUAAGUGAUUGCAAGUGAGCGGACGACAUCAUAUGAUGACAUCGAUCAGCAUACGGCGCACGAUCCCUCAUCUUUUUUGUUUCUUUUUUUUUUUUUUUUUUUUUUUAACGUAUCGUUGCUUAGCAUUGCAAUCCUGUAAUUAUUUCAUUUUCUUCGAAUCAUGAAUCAUGAAAUCUAUCGAUUGAUUGAUUUGUCAGGCUGUGCGAAUCUGAUAGUCUGUCAUGAGACGCGUGAAAGUGUCUUUGUUUGUAUAAUGAACGUAUGAGUAUUGUUGGAUGAAUAUAUAAACAACAAUUAAAAAAAAAAAUAAAAAAAAAUAAGCGAUUAAAAAUUCUACGGGACGAAACUCGUCUGUAUAUAGGAUUUUUGUGACAUAUACUUGUAAUAACAAGCUAAAUGAGAUUGUACUGAAAGUGAAAAAAAUAAUGUAAUACAAACACGCGUACGCGCGAACACACAUACAUACAAUCACACGAACAUAUUUUGUAUGAGCAUGCGAAAAAGAAAAAGAUAUAAGUUUUGUUAAGUAUCUAUGAAUUUAUUGUAAUAAUGUACGUUUAAGUAACGAUCACGUAAUUAUUGCUAGAGAGAGUGUUAUUUAUUUUUAUUUGUUGCAAAUUUAUCGAUUGCCUUCCAUUUGAGUAAAUAAAUAAAUUUAAAGUUA